AACCCCAUAAGUGUCAUCUUAGUGAGCUCUGGCAGCCGUGGAAACAAGCUGCUUUUCCGUUAUCCUUUCCAAAGAGCCGCCGAGUGCGCGUCUUCGCACCCAGCAAAACAGCGGAAUCGCUAUGCGCUGAAUACGACCAGAGAAGUUGAAGAUCAGGAUGGAGAUUCAAGAGCGCCAUCUUCGUUAACUGACAAACAGUUUGUAGAGGGGUUCUCCGACAGCAUCCUGGCCACAAUCCUGGCCACCAAGUCGGACAUGUGCGGCAAGCAGUUUGAGCUGAAGAUCGACAACGUACGCUUUGUGGGCCACCCGACUCUGCUGCAGCAUCCUCCCGUUAUUCAGAUGUCUAAGAGUGACCCUUCGCCAAAAAGGGAGAUGCCCACCAUGAUUCUGUUCAACGUGGUGUUUGCUCUCAGGGCAAACGCUGACCCAACAAUCAUCAGCUGCAUGCAAAACUUAUCCCGCCGGAUCGCCAUCGCGCUGCAGCACGAGGAGCGCCGCUGCCAGUACUUGACAAGGGAAGCUAAACUCAUGCUGGCCGUGCAAGAUGAGAUCACCACUGGGAGCGAAACGAAUCCACAGUCACCGUUUAGACAAAUUCUGCCUAAAUGUAAGCUGGCCAAAGACCUAAAGGAGGCGUAUGACAGCUUGUGUACGACCGGUGUGGUGCGGCUGCACAUUAAUAACUGGCUAGAGGUGAGCUUCUGUCUUCCGCAUAAGAUCCACCGCAUCGGCGGCAACUACAUACCCCCUGAGGCCUUGGAGAGCAGCCUUAAAUCUAUUAGGCCGUAUCACGCGCUGCUACUACUGGAAAGCGAGAAGGCGCUGCUGGGCCAGCUUCCAGUGGACUGCUCGCCCGCCAUGAUGCGCCUCAUCAAGACUUGCUCAGCAGUUAAGAACCUGCAGCAGCUGGCUCAAGACACCGACCUAGCGCUGCUUCAGAUCUUUCAAAUUGCAGCACACCUGGUUUACUGGGGCAAGGCCAUCAUCAUCUACCCUCUGUGUGAGAACAACGUCUACAUGCUGUCUCCUCACGCCAACCUCUACCUGUACUCGCCUCAAGCUGAGCAGUUUGCGCAGCAGUUUCCCGGUCACGACCUUCCUUCCAUGUUGGCCAAAUUCUCCCUACCUGUCUCGUUGGCCGAGUUCAGGAACCCUCUGGAAGCUCCUGCGCAGGAGGCUCAGUUGAUCCAGAUGGUUGUGUGGAUGCUUCAGCGGCGCCUGCUUAUCCAGCUACACACAUACGUCUGCCUCAUGGUGCCCCCUGCUGAGGAAGAGCCCGCUUACAGGGACGACGACUUUCCGUCGGCCACCCGGGUUGGGGGCGGCCGCGGUCUCAGCACUCCGAGCGCGCUCAGCUUCGGCUCCCCAACCAGCAGCGAUGACAUGACCCUGACCAGCCCCAGCAUGGACAAUUCCAGCGCCGAGUUGGCCCCCGGUUGCGACGACUCCCCACUGAACAAAAGGAUCUUGUUGACCGAGACGCUGCUGGCCAGCCUGUCGGACCACGAGAGACAGUUCAUCCUCAACAUCCCCGCUGCGCAGAACCAGGAGGAUCUCCGGAUGUUUGCCAGGUUGCUGCACUACUUUCGGGGCCACCACCACUUGGAAGAGAUCAUGUACAACGAGAACAUGCGGCGCUCUCAUCUCAAGACGCUCUUGGACAAGUUUCGCAGCGUGCUGGUGGUGACCAAUCAUGAAGAUCCUAUCAUUUCUAUCUUUCAGUCUCCGACAGAGUAG